CGCAAGACAAUAUUUACCAAAACAAAAGCACACACGCGGGACAAUUAGGGCUUGCAGAGUGAGAGACAGAGACAGAUUGGGAGAGAGGGGAAUCGCAAUUGGUCUAUCAGGUUGGGGGCUUUCAGAAGCUUAAGGCCUGCAAUUGGCGUUGUGGUUGAAACGACUCUUUCCUGGGGUGCUUCCAAUUCCAAUGGAACAAAAAACCAGAAGGAAAAGAAAUGUUAAGUCCAGUUAUAGCUUACAAUGGUUGUGCUUUCAUUGCAGCUCGAUUUAGAAAGAAGUAAAAAUGUUCAAGAACACAUUUCAAUCCGGAUUUCUGUCAAUUCUAUACAGCCUUGGGAGCAAACCGUUGCAGAUUUGGGAUAAAGAAGUUGUCGACGGCCAUAUUAAAAGACCACAGGAUGAAGACAUACAAUCCAAUGUCCUUGAAAUAAUUGGUACGAACAUCCAGUCCACAUACAUUACUUGCCCAGCAGACCCAUCAGCUACACUUGGUAUAAAACUUCCAUUCCUGGUUAUGAUUGUAAAGAAUCUGAAGAAGUAUUUCACAUUUGAGAUUCAAGUUCUGGAUGACAAGAACGUCAGGAGACGUUUUCGAGCUUCCAAUUUUCAAGCUGUAACUCGAGUGAAGCCAUACAUCUGCACCAUGCCACUGAGGAUGGAUGAGGGCUGGAAUCAAAUCCAGUUUAAUCUAGCCGAUUUUACCAGGAGAGCCUAUGGAACAAACUAUGUGGAGACAUUGCGAGUUCAGGUUCAUGCGAAUUGCCGCCUGAGGAGGAUAUAUUUCUCUGACCGCUUGUACUCCGAAGAGGAACUUCCGCCUGAGUUUAAGUUGUACCUUCCAAUGCAGAAAGCAUGACAUGAUGCAACAAAGGAGGGAUCAAACCCAUUGGAGCUGGAUUUUGAGUGUUCAGAUGGCAAUCUUUGCUAGUGCCAGUUUUAUAAAAAUUAGAAAGGAAAAAAAAAACUCAGUUGUACUAGAGCAUGUUUUUAUGUCUGUCAUACAUAGUAAAAAUAUGUACGAACUCUAUUUGUGGAGACUGGAGAGUAAUGUGUCGGGAUCAGAAUGCAUCUAAGCAUGAAGUAGAACUAAAUGCAAUAUUUUUUGGAUUAAUCCUUCCA